AUGACGCAAUUAGCAGCUGUAAAGCCCGUUUUAGUAUUAUUUUCCGCACUGUUAUGCGUUUUAACAGUCGCUGCCUCUUUGGCCGGCGAUACUCAGCACUUGAUUCAGGUCAAGGCCCAACUGUCCGACCCGGACGGAAAUCUCGACGACUGGGUCCCGAGCACGGAUCCCAAUCCAUGCAACUGGACGGGAAUUACAUGCGACCCGAAGAACCACUCUGUUCUUGCUGUAAACUUAUCCGGGUUUAACGUUUCCGGCGGGUUUCCGUUCGGGUUUUGUAGCAUUCGGACCCUCCAGAACCUCUCUCUGUCCGUCAACUCCAUCAGCGGCUCUCUCCAAACCCACACCCUCUCUCUCUGCUCCCACCUCCAUGUUCUCGAGCUCGACAACAACCUCUUCGUCGGAUCAUUGCCGGAGUUUCAGCCGGAGUUCACCGACUUGCGAAUCCUGAACUUUAUGGACAACAACUUCACAGGCGACAUUCCGGCGAGUUUCGGCCGGUUUCCCGCUUUGCAAGUCCUGAUGCUCUCCGGGAACUUUCUCACCGGCGCAAUCCCCAAGUUCUUGGGCAAUCUCAGUGAGUUGACUCGUUUGGAACUCGCUAUCAAUCCAUUGAUGUCCGGCGAGCUACCUUCCGAAAUCGGAAACUUGACGAAGCUCCAGAACCUCUUCGCCCCCCAAUGCAACCUCAGAGGCCGUAUACCGGACUCCAUCGGAAACCUGGCGUCCCUUACGAACCUCGAUUUGUCCACGAAUUCGCUAUCCGGUCCGAUUCCGGCGAGCAUCGGCGGAUUGGCAAGCGUGACGCAGAUCGAGCUAUUCACAAACCAGAUGUUCGGCGAACUGCCCGAGAGCAUCGGAAACCUGACUUUUCUCCAGAACUUAGAUCUCUCUAUGAACGGCUUCACCGGAAAAUUCCCAGAAAAAAUUGCACGAUUGCAUUUGGAGUCUCUGAAUCUCAACGACAAUUUCUUCUCCGGCGAGCUUCCUCCGAUCUUGGCUUCCAAUCCCAACUUGCACCAGUUCAAAAUCUUCAACAACAGCUUCUCCGGCUCCCUCCCGGAAAAUCUCGGUCGAUAUUCCGAUUUGGCAGACCUCGACGUUUCGACGAACAAGUUUUCCGGCGAGCUGCCGAAGUUCCUCUGUUACCGGAAAAAGCUCUGGAAUUUGAUAGUUAUGGAGAACCAGUUCUCCGGAAAUUUACCCGAUACGUUAAACGAGUGUCAUUCUCUGGAAUACGUUCGAAUCGAAUUCAAUGAGCUCGACGGCGUCGUUUCGGGCAAGUUUUGGGGUCUGCCUGGGCUAUAUUUCCUGACAAUGAAUAACAACAGAUUCAACGGCAGCGUCUCUCCGUCCAUUUCGGCGGCUACGAGAUUCUCGACGCUUACGAUCUCCAGCAAUGAAUUUUCCGGCGUGCUUCCGUCGGCGAUUUGUAAGCUUACGAACCUCUCGACCCUCGACGUGAGCGACAACCAAUUCUCCGGUGACUUGCCGUCGUGCAUGACGGAGCUGAAUAUUUUGCAGAAGCUAAAAAUGGAGGAGAACAUGUUCUCCGGUCAGAUUCCGAGUUCAGUGAGUUCGUGGACCCAGUUGACGGAGCUGAACCUAUCUCACAAUCGCUUAUCGGGUCGGAUCCCACCGCAACUCGGCUACUUGCCGGUAUUGAAUUACUUGGAUCUCUCGGUAAAUUUACUCACCGGUGAGCUUCCGGCCGAGUUGACCAAGCUCAGGCUCAAUCAGUUCAACGUCUCGAAUAAUAAACUGUACGGAAAAAUACCUACCGGUUUCGAUUACAGUCCCUUCAGCUCGGGUCUACUGGGUAACCCGAACUUGUGCAGUCCGGAUCUGGAGCACUUCCCAACCUGCUCCAAACCCAAAUCUCCUACCCCAAUUUUGAUAGUCAUUUUAUCCGUGUGCGUUGUGCUGGUCGUCGGGUCGGUUCUUUCGUUUUUGAAAUAUCGAUCCAAAGCACUUGGCGGUAAAACGAAGCGGCUCUACAGGCUCACCACAUUCCAACGGGUCGGGUUUAACGAAGAGGAGGUGAUGCAAUCAUUAACGGAGGAGAAUCUGAUUGCAACGGGUGGGUCGGGUCAUGUGUACAAAGUGCAACUGAAGACGGGGCAGACCGUGGCGGUUAAGAAGCUAUGGGGCGGGGCAAGAAAACCCGAAACUGAAUCCGUUUUUAGCUCCGAGGUGGAGACGUUGGGUCGGAUCCGACAUGGCAAUAUUGUAAAAUUGGUGUUUUGUUGUAGUGGUGAGGAAAGUAGAAUUUUGGGUUAUGAGUACAUGGAGAAUGGAAGCUUAGGUGAUUGUUUGCAUGGAGAAAAAGUUGGGCCUUUGGAGGAUUGGGCCAAAAGAUUCAACAUCGCCGUCGGGUCGGCCUACGGCUUGGCCUACCUCCACCACGACUGUGCUCCGCCCAUCGUUCACCGGGACGUGAAGAGUAAUAACAUACUGUUGGACGAGGACUGGACCCCACGGGUGGCGGAUUUCGGACUCGCCAAGACUUUGCAGCGUGACAUGGCGGCCGGAUGUGGUACCAUGUCACAGAUUGCUGGGUCCUACGGUUAUAUCGCUCCGGAGUACGCAUACACUCUUAAAGUCACUGAGAAGAGUGAUGUCUACAGCUUCGGUGUGGUGCUGUUGGAACUGAUAACCGGCAAGAGUCCGAAUGACGCGUCCUUUGGUGAGAACACAGACAUUGUCAAGUGGGUUAGAGAGGCUGCCAUGUCUACUCCUGAAGGAGAAGAAGAAGGCAGCAAUGACGGCGGUUUCUGCGGCGCCAAUCUCUGCCAGAUAAUCGAUCCAAGGAUUGAUCCGUCGACAUGCAAUUACGAAGAGAUUGAGAAGGUUUUGAAGGUGGCUCUUCUUUGUACCUCUGCAUUCCCAAUCAACAGGCCCUCCAUGAGAAGGGUGGUUGAAUUGCUUAGAGAUCAGAAACCAUCUCGACCGUCCAAAAUGAGAAGCCUUUGAUUCGUUGUUGCAUAGCUCAGUAACUCAGUCUAUGUGGAAAUUUUCAGCAAUCAUUGUGAUAAGUGUAGUACCGGACUGGUGGAUCAAAAAUUAUUCACCCUGGUUUAGAUUAUGGGUCGUUUUCAGCAGUUAUAAUGUAUGAACUAGAAAAAAGAAAGAUCACAUAUUUAUUUUUAUCAA